UUGAAACAAGUAUCGUGCUCAAUACCUACUUACCAUGGAAUCAUUCAUCUACCAAUACAUAUUUUAUUCCGUUUAGGUUAUUGAACUAAUCAAUAAAGAUGUACGAACAAAAUUUAAUAAUAGGGCGAACAUCUCUGAAGAGAAAUAGUAAUUCCAAGUAGGGAACUGACCUGACCUUUUCACCGUUUUCGAAUGAACUGUUGAACGUUAGUUACUAUUGAUUAUGGAAAUGUAUAUAAAUAUUUUAGCAAACUUUUUACUUCGUUUACAAGCAUGCGCUUAUUUCAUACCGGUCUAGAUAUCGACUGCUAAUAUUAAUUAUUUAAUGUUGUAAAAAAUGAAAGACUUAGUUGUAUCGCGCCCUUCUUAGCAUACGUAUCGCUCACUCACCAAGUCCAACCAUGAAAGGACUGUGGAUAACGUUGGGGAUUUUUCUAAGUAUCAUUGCUAUAUUUAUCUUUAUUAAGCUGUACCUAGUUCUUACGACGGGUUGGGACAGAAGUCCCACUUGUCUAGUGGGGAAGACGGUCUUGGUAACCGGCGCCAAUACCGGAAUUGGUUUCUACACCGCCCAAGAUUUCGCGAAAAGAGGAGCCAGGGUUAUUCUAGCAUGUCGCGACUUAUACAGAGGGGAGGAGGCUAAAACCAAAAUAGUUGAGGCAACAGGAAAUUCGAACGUCGUGGUGCGUACCGUUGAUUUAUCCUCGCUUUCGUCCGUACGGAAAUUUGCGGUUGAAAUGAAAGCAUCGGAAAACAGACUGGAUAUUUUAGUCAAUAAUGCCGGUACAGGUCUCUUUGAGCACACCUAUACGCAAGACGGCCUAAGCUUAUCAAUGCAAGUGAAUCACUUUGGCCCUUUCCUUCUUACAAUUUUACUAUUGGGUCUAUUAAAAAUAUCUUCUCCAAGUCGUAUUGUAAUGGUUUCAUCUGAAGCGUCUCGAAUUGCCAAGUUAAACGUGGCCGACUUAAAUGCUGCUCCUAAACGGUAUUUUACGCGAACCGUAGAGUACGCCAACACAAAACUGUGCAAUUUACUCUUUGCCAACGAGCUGUCUGUAAAACUUAAGGGAACUGGAGUUGAUGUUAAUUCGGUACAUCCAGGUGCUGUUAAAAGCGACUUCUUGAGGCACAUCUCCCCGUGGAAACAACGUGCAUCCAAAGUUCUCAUGCAAUUCUUUUAUAAGAGUACAGAAGCUGGAGCCCAAACAUCAAUUUACGUUGCCGUGUCGAAGGACGUACUCGGCGUUUCAGGUGCUUAUUUCGCCGAUUGCAAGAAAGCAAAAAUGCCUUCAUCCGCUACGAAUGUACAUUUAGCAAAGCAACUCUGGGAAAAAUGCGAAGAGUGUGUGAAAUUAACGACCGAAGAAAAACAAAUACUCCAUCAAUAACCUCUCUUGGUGUACAGUAGUUUUCAGUAACAAAACACAUGUUUUCGACGUAACCAUCGGAAGCGGUUUUUCUAAAAAUUCAAUCAAUUAAUCUUUAUUUGUCUAUAAUAUAAGUAGGUUUAGCACGUAAUAGAUACAUUAAGAGAAAACAUAUAUGUAGAUUCAAUAUCAUUAAUACCCAUCAGCAAGGUUUUAUGAAGAAUCGAUCAACCGACACCGCUUUAUGUGAGUAUCUAGCUGAAGCUGCAAGGGCUGUAGAUCGCCGGUUUUCAACGGCCGGCUUAUUCGUGGAUUUUUCUUCGGCUUUCGAUACUGUUUGUCAUAACAGGCUGAUUGCCAUAAUGUGUCAUUAUGGUAUCAGAGGCACUAUCCUGCAAUGGUUUCAAUCGUACUUGAAGGAUAGAUCACAGUUGGUUGAAUUGCCUAACGGGCAACGCGGUGUAGCUACGCCCAUUCUAUCAGGAGUUCCGCAGGGAUCAAUACUGGGACCGACCUUAUUUAUACUUUAUAGUAACGACCUCAUACCACAUUUAAAAGGAUGUGAUGCCGAUAUUUUAGAUACAUCCUAUGCCGAUGAUACGAAUAUAUUAA